AUGUAUUUGCUCUUAAAUAAAAUUGAGAAUUUGUCUACUGUGGCGCAACGAACAGGUUCUUUAUCAAGCUUUUACAAAUUCUUGGGCUUUUCAACUGAUAAGCUGAUAGCCUUAUUCCAGGAUGUCAACUCGGUGAAUAUGUUCGAUCGCAACCUCGUAAAAAUAAAAUUAGAAGGAAACGCAGAUGUCUCUACGGCGACAGGAUUAAAAAAUCAAGAACAUUCGGAGAUGGCAGUUAUAUCUGAAAAAAUUCUUGAUAUCAAGAAGGAAAGUGAGGAACACUGCGAGCUGGAGGUUAAAACUGAGGCAUCAUCGGACAUCGAGGAAGAAAAUCCGGAACAUUUGGAAAUGAAAUUUGAAAUUGACCAGGAAUACACGGAAAUGCUCAAU